AUGUACUUUACCCUCGAGCAGCAUAGAUGGUUCAACCUCCGAAUUGAUGAACUUGGUGAGGUAUCGGCGCAAGUUAAGAGGAGGAGCAUCAGCAGGAAGUCUUCUGCUGAUGAAGGAGAGAAGUUGAUGGCAUGGGCGAAUGACAUCAAGUCACAGUCAUAUCUACAAAUGAGGCGUUAUGCUACGAAGCGCAAUGGUAGCAGCAAGAAUGACACCGUUGCAUAG